GUAUUAUAAAUGUUGCGACAUCCUAUAUAUUAAACAAUAUUUUGUAUUGUGAGUUUAUUUGAAAUUUGUUUCAUUUAAAUUAUAUUGUUGUAUGUAAUUGGUUUCUGGAGCAAUAAACUCAUAGCUUCGAUAUUGUGGUUUAAUAAAAGACUUAUUCACGGAACAGGGAUAUUAUAUUAUAUUAUGUAGCGUAAAAUACACGGAAACUUAUAACGUAGAACUAUAUCAGAAAAUGUGCUGCGAAGAAUAGUUACUUAUAUAAAGGAUUAUUGUAUACGAAACUUACUAUGUGAUUUGUUUUACGAAGAUGGUUCUAACGUGUCUAUAAACUCUCUUUUUUACUUCAACUAAUGGGUUACAUACGGUUUGAAGUUAUAUUAUAUAAUUAAUCAAAAACAAUUUUAAUUAACUUAAUGUAACUUUUUUUGAUUAUUAUCUGGAGCUCGAGAAUGCUAUUACCUAUAGGUAUAUUACAAGUCAGAAAAGUAUAUAAUAUUAUGUAAAAAGUUCUAUUGUAAGCGACUAUUCAAAACAUUCAUCAAAUAUUAAUCAUAAUUGAACGUAUCUCCAAAAUCACCUUGUCUUAAUAACUAUAACCUAACCUAUGCAACUAAGUGGAGAAUUUUUAUAAAUCCCGAAAAACUUUUGCAUGUGCCAUUUACACUUUGAAAAAAUAACCUCCCUUCCCUUCAACUUCAAGGAGUUGAGAUACCUACAAUGACUCAGGUAAAGUAUUUGGGAAUUUUAACAGACAAAAGACUAAGCUGAGGCCCACAUUUAAAGUACAAACGAAAAAUUCUCAAUAACCACCUCUUUUUUUUUCCGGUUUUAACCGACGACGCCGCGGGAUCUGCUUUCGCAUUGCUUCCGCGGCGCAAAAACCACCUCUAUCUGGUUCAACUUAUACUCAAAUCCAAACUACCAAUUCACAUAAAAUCCACACUUUACAAGUCUUUACUGAGACCCAUUUAGGGGCGUACCUAUGGUAUUCAAAUCUGGAAAUUCGCCAAACCUUCUCAAAUACUCACCAUUCAAAUCUUUCAGUCCAUCACUCUUCGGCAUCACGGCUCGGCCCCUUGCUACGUAACAAACGAAACCUUACACAAUUUUGAUUCAACCAACUUUGAUUUUGUCGUAAUAUUAUGUUAUCAUUAUUUUUACUAUUAUUAUUGCGAUAAAAUAUGAUAAUACCAUGUUAUACAAUACAGGUAUAUCCAACAGUAUCUAGUCCUGUGUAUUGUUAUACAUCUAUGAUAUUAUAUUAUUACCUAAUAUGUGGUUAUACAAUAUUGUUUGACUUUUGACGGACAUGCAUUGUUUUCGUUUUAAAUAUUUUUAUAACUUAAUUCUCUUUGUUAUAUUAAUGUGUUUUAUUGCAUCCAUUGUCUAGAGUCUGAUAAUACAGGUAAACUAAAAUCAUGGUUGUAUCUAGUAUUAUGUCAAUGGUGCAUAGGUAUUCAUAAUAAUAAUUAUUAAUAAAAUUGUAAUAUUAAAAAUCAAUAAACCCAUUAGAUUUUUAUUUUAACAAACUUUUUUUUUCAAAUUGAAAAUAUGCGCGAGAAGUGGAUGAAACGAAUAACAUGAAUUUUUUUUCAUUAAUUAUAUUGUAUUACCUAUUCAUUAACUUUGCAAUGAAUCAUGAAUACACUUUGAUGUUUUUUAUAAAUUGUUGCUAAUAACACUUCUAUAACGUAUGCUGAUAUAGAUUUUUGUUGAUUCAGCUGACGUACUAAUUAAUUAAAAUACAUUUUUAAAUAUUAUAAUAAAUAACAAUAUAUAUUUAUAUUAACGUGUUUAUCAGUUCGUAAAUCACUAUAGAAGUCGUUAUUAACAAUACUAGUAUACUACUAUUUACACAGAACACAUUUAAACACGCAAAAAACAUGCCUUGCAAAAAUUGCUACAAUUCUAAUGCCGUAUAUACAAUUGCGAUAAUAAUGAUGAAUUUGUUGAUAGUCUGGUAUACGUUUCGAUCGGCAGACCACAAGGUUGACGAAAAGCACCUCGUCAUGGACAAGGCCAAGACUAUAGUGAGACAGCUGGACGUCAUAGACGACAUCGUUUUUUGCUAUCGUCCGGUUUACAAUUUUAUCAAGACCAAGAUAAACGCAGCGGUGGAUGCCAUGGACAACGACGACGACGAUUUAGCCGCAGAGUACUUUACCGACGCCCUGCUUUUGAUUGGACCCAAUCAAAAAGUUUUGAGAUUAAUGCAUAAUAAUUUACCCCGACACAUUAUCACAAAAAUCAAACACAGUUACGGAAAAUACUUGGAAGAAGUAGACGACACGGAGACAUAAAAUAUAUACCUAGUAUUAUACGUAUACCACAGUGUUAUUUCAAUGUUAUUUUAAAUAAUAUGAAAUAUAAAUAGAUAAUUAAAAAC